AGCAUAAAAUUUAAAUUCAAAAUUGAAUAUAUAUCGCUGACAAACUUGAGCUGUUUUUCCUUUUCAUAGAGCUUCUUUCUGCUUGCUUUGCUCUAAAUAUUCAAACCUUCAAAGGUCGUCGGCCGUCGAGUUAUAUCAAUACAGAAUUGUAGAUUAUUGUAAUUCAUAAAAUAAUGUGCUAACGGUCUAGAGUUGAAAUCGUUAAUAUUGACUGAAUAAGUUACUAUUUUGUUAGUGAUUUGUUAGUUGAGUGUGUUAUAUUAAUUUAACAAUGUUUUUUAAAUUAGUGAAAUCUAUUGUGAGACCUCAAAUUUUAAGUAUAAACAAAAAAGUUACUACAUUUGGAAACUAUAGGAGCGUCGAAAAUUUAACAACUGGUCGCCUUGCUCUUGCUGAGGAGAAAGUGAAGGUCACCUUUCUGAUGUACGACGGGCGGCGGAUAGAAACCGAGGGUAAAGUUGGUGACUCGCUGUUGGACGUGGUGGUAAACAACGACCUGGACAUCGAUGGCUACGGUGCCUGCGAGGGGACCGUCACCUGCUCCACGUGUCAUGUGGUGCUCAAACAGGAAGACUUUGAUCGAUUGCCAGAACAAGCUGGUGAUGAAGAGAGGGACAUGUUAGACCUGGCCUAUGGUCUCACGGACACUUCCCGGCUUGGCUGCCAAGUGACGCUUACCAAGGAUCUGGAUGGUUUGGUGGUGAAAGUGCCAGAGACUGUCAACGACGCGAGAAGCUGAUGUUUGACGAAACACUUCUGGAAACUUGUCUAUUUUUGUGUACAAAGCCUUGAAAAUAUAGUAUUUUUUGUAUUUGUGAAAAAUCUCGGUGGUGCUAUUCAAUUACCCAAGAGUUCUUCUAGCUGGGCACAUCAUCAUUCAUCAUCAUUUCAGCUGGAAGAAGUCCACUAAUGGACAAAGGCCUCCCCCAAAGAUCGCCAUGACGAUCGAUCCUGCGCUGCCCUCAUCCAAUCCAUCCUGCCCACUACCGCUUCAGUUUCGCUAUCAUCUGUGCUAUGUCGGUGUCAUUGGUUCUCCUACGGAUCUCCUUAUUUUUGAUUAGAUCUCUCAGGGAAAUUCCAUUCCGAGCAUAGCGCUCUCCAUUGCCCUCUGAGCGACCAUGAUCUUCCUUAUAAGGCCCAUAGUUGGUGAUCACGUCUGCGUUCCGUAUGUCAUCACUGGCAAUACACACUGGUUAACAACCUUCGUCUUCAGACACUGUGGUAAUUGGGCCGAGAAGAUUUUACAGAGCUUUCCAAAGGUGGGCACAUAGUUGCAACUUUUUGUCUCUAAGUCAAUACCAUGCGUGUAAAUCUCCACGCUAUCGGUAGUAAAACAUACCUAACAGGCGCGUUGGAAUCUCGAGGUAGACAUCCAGUCAGUUAUUUAUCGCUACGCCGCUUAAAUUAUAAUCAUAGAUACAUAUUACCUUCUCUUUUUUUAUUUAAUCGAAUUCUUCUCAAGCCUAAAAAAGAUUUAUGUAGACGAAAUACACGAAAACAUAUCUCGAUACCUAUUUAUGCAACGUAAAAAGGGAAUUCUGCAACAAGUAAAUAGCUAAGUAGCGUGAAAAUGCCGCCUGUUGUUUUUAUCGCGCGUGUCAGCCCUGAGUAACCAAUAAGUACGUGUAGAUCGUAGUGUGCGUAAACUAAUUUAUAGAUAAACAGUACGUCAAAAAAUGAAUGUUCUUAACUAGUUAAAACUAGACAAAAGUACUGAUCUAUAAUUACUGUAUUGUACAUAUUACUCUAUUAACCAAACGAAAGGUAAUUUUACAGACUAUGAAAGUAGAAAUAGUUUAUAUAAAACUUUAUCUGUGUAAAAUACGACAAGCCGUCAAAAUGCGGUCAGCCGUAAAAAUUGUCUAUAGCAGUCGAUUUAAAAAUUCUUUUUAAAAUGAUCUAUGGUGCUGUAGUAACUAUUCUAUUACUAAUUAGUAACUUUUAAAUAUGUUUUAGUCAUAAAAAUUACUACAUUAAUUAGUAAUUAUCGAAAUGUAAUCUCUAGGUAAAGCUAAAAAAAUCAUAACAAAUGUGUGACUAAAUUACUUUAACUAAAUACUUUAGACUAAAUUAGUUAAAAUUAUGCAGAAUCUAUUGUGUAUGUUAUUUAACAAAGCGCUAGCUUGUUUAAAAACAAAAGCGUCGACGUACGUUUUUAUAAACUUUAACACCCAAACACUUGUAGAGCAAUAAAUUAUAAUAUUGUAACCCGGGCCGUUGCGUCAUGCGGUGACCUUGAAGUCGCAAGGCACACGCAAUGUUAAACGGCUUGCCAUUAUAGUCUGUGAUCAUACUUUUUGGUUGACAAUUUGAUGGGCUGCAGAGACUUAAAAUAUUAUUAUGUCUCAACGAGCGGUUUUCUGAUUCUAUUUUUCAGAAUGGAUGGCAACCCUAUGUGCCUAUGUUAUUAUUUUUAUUCAAUACUAGCUGGUGACCCCUUCGCUUCGCUACACCUGAACAAAUACAUAUUAUUCUACAGCAUUUAGUAGAAUAUAGACACAUUAUUCAUACAGAAAUAAAUUGUGAAUGUAAUGGCCACGAAUCGCAAAAAGAAUCUAUCCUCACACUCAAGUUGGAUCAAACUACACAGUGUGCAAAAUUUUAUUAAAAUCGUUUCCGUAGUUCAUAGGAGUUCAGUGGAUCACCGACGCGGAGAAACAAUAUGACAUUUAUCUUUUUUUAUAUAAAGAUUAUUUCAUAUUUAUAUGUUGUACGGUUACGAAAACUGAAACGGCCACGGAUCAAUCGAUAACAUUGACAUAGAUGGCGGUAGCAAUCGCUUUCAUCGCGCUGAAAAUAUUUGUACGAGUUUUGUUAGAUUAAUUUAUUGGUAAAGUUUAAUAUGAGUUAUGAUAAUAACAACAUUUCAAUACACCGUACAAGUAUUUUUGGUAUGUGAUUGAUUACUUGAUCGUAAUUAGAAUCACUUUUAUUAAAUUGUACUUUAGUUACAUAAAUACAUUAUGAACUUGAUGUUUUGUAUUGUAUACAAUAGUAGACAAGUGUUUUAAUUUCAUAGAAAAUUGAAGACAGUUUUUAUAGUAACAAUGUUGCGCUAAAGAUGGCGCUAAAUUAAUUAUUUUCUAAGUGUAAUAGAAUGUUUAUAAUUUAUAUGAAUUAUCAUGAGUAUGUAUAUUUUGUUAUUAUGAUAUUAUUAAAGAUGUUUCCAUUACAUAA